GUCCUCCCCGUUUUGCAGCCCACCUCGCCGUCCUCAACCUGACCCCCCCCCCGCCUCGUCCCAGUUUUCAUCUUUCGCUCUUUCCCAGGCCUACAGACAGCUUCAUGGAUUGGGUGUUUCUGGCUCAGAUGUUGGGCGGGCCGCCCCUUGUUUUGCUCCUGCCAAAUUCCUUGCUCCGUCUGGCAACAGAGCUCGCCAUGGCGCGAGAAGACGCUGGGUCACUGCCCAUCCUGAAGCUACUCUUGGUCGGAGACAGCGGAGUAGGAAAAUCCAGCCUUCUGCUGAGAUUCACUGAGGAUCAGUUUGAGCCCUACUUGAACCCAACCAUUGGUGUUGAUUUCAAAGUGAAGAAGAUGGUGCUUGGUGACUUUCCCGUGCAACUCGCAAUAUGGGACACGGCAGGGCAGGAGCGAUUCCGGACUUUAACUCCGAGCUAUUACCGAGGUGCUCAAGGUAUAAUUUUAGUUUAUGACGUCACUAAGAGGGAAACUUUCGCGGGACUGGAAUGCUGGCUGCAAGAGCUGGAUGUUUUCACGAAGAAAAGCGUCGUGAAGAUGUUGGUGGGCAACAAAAUUGACGAGACGGAUCGUGAGGUAGACAGAAAGGAAGGCUUGCAAUUUGCUCAGAAACACUCCAUGCUCUUCAUAGAGACCAGUGCUAAAAUGAAGGAUGGCGUGGAAACUGCCUUUGAGGAAGUCGUGAUAAAGAUCCUGCAAACACCAGAACUUUGGAACAUCAGAAACGAAGGCGUUGUGCUGGCGCCUGAGAGCAGAGCCCCUAAUACAGCCGACGCCUGCAGUGGGCAUUGUUCUGUUGCUUAAAACCCCACCGCCUUCAAAUAAAAUAGCUCAGGUCAAACAUACUUAAGAAAUGGACUCCUACCUGCUAUCACAAGAAAAUGGGCCAUAAGGAGAUAAGGAUAUAAGGAGAAAUUCUGGGGCCACCACCGCCGGGUUGAGUUUUCUUUUGAUGAGAGUGUGUUGGAGGCUUACGGUGGAUAUGCAAUAACUGGGGAUUUACAAAUAAUACAGGUAAAGGAUUUGGGGAACAGGUACCUCAAGCGAGCAGCGCAGCAGCUAUUGCAAAGGGAACCCCACGUGCAAAGGCACUUUCACCUAUUUGUGUCUCUUGCAAGCACCGCACGCCUCUGCUGCUGCUUCCUGCCAGCUCUAAAAUGGGCUCCGCCUUUUCCAAUGAUGUAAUCCUCAUUCAAAAUGACAGAGAGAUUCAAAGCUAACAGAGAAACCCCCCACCUACCCAGUGACCAUCUCCUAACCUCAUUAGCUCAUUAUGAUGCACUUGAAGAAGCGUCUCCACCCCCAUCAUGCAGCCAGCUCCAAGGGCCUUCUGGCAGUUCCCUCACUGUGAGAAG